AUUAUGCUCUCAAUAAACAACUGACACUUUACAAGCAGCACUUUUUCCAUUUAGUUCACAUUUUUCGUUGUCUUUUUAUUUCGUUUGCGUGUUAAAUUUACAACCACUUUUGGUUUUCAUCUUCCAUCCACAUUUACUAUAAUUCAUUGUCAACAUUUAUUGCAUUAAAAAUAGAAUAAUUCCCAUGAAUAUUUCAUCCAGUUAAACUUUCUCACUCUGAAGUAAGCAAAAAAUGUGUUCAAAUGGAUCAGUGGGUGACGGACGGUUUUUAUUCGCACUUUCCCAGCUAUUCACAACAGCCAACACGACGCGAAGCAUUGGCCAAAGCGCGACAGCUUGAUUAUCAAACAUUUUUAAGUCGUAUCUCACCAACGAAAAUUAAAGCUGAUGGAAAAGGACAAAAACGCCACACACCAAAUGAUAACAAUACAAAACGACAGAAAAUACCAUCAAAUGAUGUACCGAACGAUAAAUUGCCAAAAUUAGACACGAAAUCUAUUGAUGAUACGGAUACUAACGGUGAAUCGGAUGCAAGCUGUCGUGUCGAAAUCAAAAAUAGAUUUCUAGAUGAAUUAGAGAAAAUGGAUCUUCCAGAUAUAAUCAAUGAACAAAGCAUAAAAAAACGCAAUCAAAAAUUAAAAGAGGAAAAAAGAUUGAAUAACCUACGGUAUCAACAAGAACUGUUAGAACAAAUCGAACAAAAGAGACGUGACAGAGAGAAACAGAAAGCCAAGGAACAAGAAGAAGAAGAAAAACUAACCAAACGAAUGGAGGAGCAAUUGAAGUUGGUACGUGUGCAUGAUGAAAUUGAAAAUCAACGUCAAACACGUCAACGUGAAAAAUCACGCAUUCCUCUCGAACUCAAUAGGCCAAUGGUAAAUCAGCAAUCAACAAAACCGCCAACAACAGUCCGUUCAGAGCAAUUGGACAUAAACACGAGUCGUGUGUAUGAUGAACGAAAGGCUCAAACUGACCGUGGCAAAGAGAAUUUGAACGAAUUAAAGCGUAACGAUAAGGAAAUUUAUAAUUUUUUCACCAAUUCAGCUCACAAUCAACUCAAAGACACUCGCUACAGUCACUAUUUUGACUUGGAAGAUGUUAGCGAAAAUGACACUUUGCCAAAUAGCAUGUCUUCAUUCACAUACAAUACAUAUCCGACAAAAUCGAAUCGCCACCAGGAUGUGGUGCAUAAGCAAUCGCACUCAGAUCCACAACAGCAACAGCCAAUAUGCAAUUUUUGUAAGCAUAAUCGCUUUUUAGCCCGUAGCCAAGAGGAAAACAUAGCCAAUGGAUAUAUAUGUGGUUCAUGUGAAAAUGAACCGAUUUGUCUAAGUUGUCGCAAGGAAAUUUGUGUACGAUGCAAAAAACCAACACACAACGACGACCAUGUAGCGAAAAUGCCACUUCAGCGUUGUAUCAAACAACGAAACACUGAUUCCGAUUUUAUCGUUGCUAAAAAGCCCGAAAUACAACCGAAAUCGAAAUAUGUCCGUUUGGAUAAUUAUCAACCGAUUUACACAGACGAAGACGAUAGUCUGUCUGAUCUCAGUUCAUCCGAUCACAAACCAUACUCAUUCAACAUUGACCAAUCAUCACUGUUUCACCCAUCCAAAUCUCGUCUCAGUCGAAAGCUGUCGGUAAACGUUCGAAAUGGUGAAGUGUCUGUGAAGCCAGAAGAUUCAUUCGAUGAACUUAAGCGCAUUACGAAUGAAAAAAUUCUGAAGUACUCGAUGAAUUAUGGUGAUUUCCUAAGAAAGAAGACAAACGAAUCGAAAAUGGGGCGUGUGCAAGAAACUCGUUUUCCAAUGCCGAUUUUAAAACCAACAUCGAAUCCAGACCCAAUGCCAGUCAUGAAACAAAACACCAAGGAUCUCAUCGAAUUCGCUAAGGAGCUUGAACGAGGUGAUCACAACAUUUUCAGGCGAACCGAAACAAAGUACCAGGUUCCCGCCGUUCAGACAAAUAAGGUUGUUCAAAACAAUAAUACAAGCAGUACGUUAACACAAGUUGGUGCCUUCAAAAAGCAAUUGCUAUUAGAUAAGCUUAAUUUUUAGGUUAAAUGUGCCUUUUUCCACUGUAAUAUUUAAUACUCAUCGGGCUCAGUCCCACCUUUUUAUAUUGAAAAAAAAAGUAAGAAAAUUGUUUAUUGUAUUAGUUCAAUGUUUAUAUACCCCCAAAUAUUUUGCACUUUGUAACUUAAGCCUGAAAACAUGAAGAAAAAAAACAGAUGAUUAUGAUAUAAUUAAAAGAAUCAGUAUUUGCAUUAUUCUA